AUGGAUAAAUCUGUUUUAUUGGAAAUGCAACUUAGGGAAGCACUAGAUAGGGAGACGAAUCUAAAAAAACUAAAUGAGUCAUUAAUGAAAGCUAUGGGAGAUAUAUCUAACCAUGACAAAGGAAAAGAAAUACAAUUAUUAAAUUAACUACAUGAGUAAGAAAUUUCCAAAUUGAAGACUUUUCUUAAUGAAAGGAUUACUAUUUUAGAAUAUGAAUAUCGAAACAAAUGCUAAGAAUUCAGUAAAUUAGAAAAAAAUUACAAUCAAUUGAUUCAAGAUUAUGAAGAAUUAGAGAGGAAGGAAAAAAAAUGCUAUUAAUGCACUGACUUUUAACUAUAAAUUACUUAAAUUCUAAAAUAAAAUGAAAUUUAGAAAGAAGGAUUGGCCAGAGAAUUUUCAGAAGCAUUAAGCAAUCAAAAGUCAAUUCUGGAAUAUGAUUCCAAUUGUCUUAAAUUAAAACUUAAAUAAGUUACCUUUGAAUUAGAUUAGGAAAUUAAAGAAAAAGAAAAGUAAUAAAAGCAUAUCCAAGAGUUGAGUUAAUCACAUGAAUAAGCAUAAAGAAGCUUAUUGUAAUAAGUUGCAGAUCUCAACAGAGUACAUAACGAAACUAUCAUACAAAAUAAUUAGUAUCAAAUCUCAAGCUAAGCAAGAGAACAAUUAUAAGCAUAAAAAAUUUGUUAAUUGGAAUAGGAUAAAAUAAUUUUGGAAAAGAACAUCUAAGAAUACAAAGAAUAAAAUGCUAAAUUGGAAAACCAACUUAAAUAGCUUGAUCUACUAUUAAAGGAGAAGGAAAAUAAAUUAAUUGAAUAAAAAACUGAAUUAUCAAAAAAAUUAGUAAAUGAAAAGAAAAUUACAGAACAAUGUUAAGCAGUAGCUUUGAAAUUAAAAAAUGAUUUUUAAAGGAAAUAAUCAAUACUUAUUGAAGAAUCAUUAAAAAAAGAAUAGCAAUUAAAAUCUGUAUAAACUUAAUUGACCAGAUAAAAGAGCAAAAAUAAAUAUUAUGAAAAUGCGCUUAGUUAAGUUAAUUUAUUGGAGGUCAAAAAUUCAACGCCUAAAUAAAUUAAACAUAAAAAAAAUAAUUUCUCGAACGACUUUCAUAAUUCACAUCAACCUGGACACACCAAGAAUGCUCUAAGUUAGGGUCAUGUCAAUAAAAUUAAAUUAUUGCCAUCUUCAAUAUAAAAAAGUGAAGCAGAUUCUAUACAUUUUAAUUUAACUGAUAUGCUAAAUUCUACAAGAAAUCCAGAUCAAUAAAAUCUAUCAUGUAGAUAAUCAAAUGAAGACAUUGGAUCUCACAUAGAAUAAUUUAAUUGUGCAGCCAAAUUUGUAAUUCCACUUUAUUAUUCCUAUUAGGUUUAAACCAAUGAGGACUCAGUAAUUCCAAUUUAGUAAUUGACAGAUAGACAAUUAUCCCCAAGAACAAGAAUUUAAACAGUCAAUCCGAAAGGACCCCCUUAAAGAAUAAGAUAAAUUCAUGCGGAUUUAUAUAAAGAAAACCUUGUUCUAAGACCUAAAGCAUGA